AUCGUCUCGGUUGAUUCUUCUAUGCAGUGGUAUUACUUGGGUUGUGCGCUUUGUUCCAAAGCAGCCAUAGAUUAUGAUGGUGUUGACAAAUGGUGUGAUGACCACCGUCGAUUGGUGCCUCAACAAACACAGAACUUUUACAAGCUCCGGGUAACAGUUGAUGACAACACUGGAUCAGCAGCUUUUGUUCUGCUGGGUAGGGCCGCU